AUGAGCUCUUUAAUGGAAAAUUAAUGUUGGCGAUUUCUUAAAAUCAACUAGAUCCUUCCCUUUCGAACUGUACCAGGCCCCUUAGAAUGGUGAUCUCCGAAUUGUUGGAGCCAUUUUUGCUGACAAAGUUUUCUAUCAGCUAGAACACUAUUUAACGUGAUAUUAAGCUGAAAAUAUCAUAGGAUUCUAAAGUAAAACAAUGCUUCCAAAUAGAAUACAAAACAAAAUGGCUCUGUACACGACGAUGGUUGUUUUUAUUGUUCUUCACUGGUCCUCUCUCGUUUCUGGUCACGGACGUCUCUUAGAACCGCCUUCGAGGUCCAGUAUGUGGCGCUUCGGUUUCAAAACGAAGCCAAAUUACAAUGACAACGAAUUAUUUUGUGGCGGAUAUACGGUUCAGUGGCAAAGAAAUGGUGGCAAGUGCGGCAUAUGUGGAGAUGCUUGGGAUGCUCCAAAGCCCCGACCUAAUGAAGCUGGCGGAAUUUAUGGCAAAGGAAUCAUUGUCAGGAAUUAUAAACCUGGACAGGAAGUUAAAUCUAUUGUGGAGCUGACAGCAAAUCACAAAGGUUUCUUUGAAUUUAAAUUGUGUCCUCACAAUGAUCCUAAGACUGUGGCCACUCAGGAUUGUCUUGAUCAAUAUCUACUUGAACUUGCUGAUGGUUCAGGAACCAAAUACUAUCCUUCUACGAGGACGGGCAAAUUUGUGGUGAAUUUAAGAUUGCCUCAGCAUCUCACAUGCUCGCAGUGUGUCUUUCAAUGGACUUAUACAGCAGGAAAUAACUGGGGACGUUGCGACAAUGGAACAUCGAAAGUUGGAUGUGGACCUCAAGAGACUUUCAGAGGUUGUGCUGAUGUUGCCAUUGGCGAUUUUGAGUCUAACGACAUUUUUACUUACAUUGAGAAAUCUCCGGUCAAAAAGACCAUUUCUGCUAUUCCUCCUAGAAGACAGACAACUCUCCGACCAAGGUACAGGCCAAGACCAACCAGAGUUUCGACGCCAAGGAGGCUAUCUUACAACAACCGCCCAAUUACCAGUCGUAGACCUUAUCAACGAAGACCCAAGCCAACUAGACCACAAAGCUACAAUGUGCCAAGCAGAAAUUACAGCACAAGGAGACCAGCAUUCGCCACAAGACCUACUCCAUAUAGAAACAUCUAUACUCCAAGACCAACACCAUACAGGCCAUUUGAUACAAAGAUUCACGCUACUAAGAAACCUAGACCAACUUACAAGCCCAAAGUAUCUCCCAUGAAAUCCAAUGCAAAUCGAGAAACUGAGGGAAGUGGAUGCAAGGCUGUUGGUGUGUGGGCAUCUAUAUCUGGUAUAGCUAGCUGGUGUAAUACCAAUUGUGCAAGAGGAUACUGCCCCUCAUCUCACUGCAAUUGCAGUUAAUUGACUGAACUAAAUAUAAUUGGCAUCUGUUUUUAGCUGAUGAGAAAAUGGCCAUCGAUACUCUUGGGACUUUUUAAUAUCGGAAUUGUUGAAUUCCGAAUUUUUUGCACAAAUUGUGUUAUUCAUUGUCUAAUCCGUUUUUUUUUAUCAUCGCUGGUUGAUGAAUUUUUGUUCGUAAUUCAAUGUUCUAGUUUACCUAUGUGGUUGUAGUUGAUUUUACUGUUUCUACAUUUUCAAUUAAUGUUAUUUAUUAUAUCAAAGCUGUGUCAGUAUUUCGUCUUGUGGAUAUUUGUAUGUUUUAUACAUGAAAAAUAAAUAUUUAUUAAUUAGG